AUGGAAAAUAAUGUGACUACAACAACAACAACAACUUCUACUACCACUACAGGUGAUAGUACAAGUCAACAGCAUCGAUCAUCAUCAUCACUGAAAUUAGUAGAACAAAAGUUUAAAGGUCAUAAGGAUAGUGUCGUAUUUGUUACUACUCAUCUCAACAAACCAAUACUUGCAUCGUCUUCCGAUGACUGUACAGUUAGACUAUGGGACAUAGAUAGAGGUUCCGUUAUUAAAUGUAUAAAUAACUUUAAUGGUGAACCUGUCAAUAGUAUUGCUUUCGAUAAAGAAAACUUGAUAUAUUGUGCACAUUCCAAUAAGAUUACAUGUUUCGAUUUGAGAAACGACUCUUUGAUAUUGAAGGAGAGUGUCAAUCAACUACAAUUCAACACAGAGGAGAUCAAUCAAAUAACAUUCGAUUCUAAAUUUCAAUAUAUGGCAUCGUGUGACGACUCUGGUGCAAUCAAAAUCAUAGAUAUCCAAAAGAAUAAACUAUGUGAAACACUAAAGAAACAUACAAACGUUUGUUCAAAUGCAUUAUUUAGACCAAAUUCAAAGAAUGAAUUGAUAUCAGGUUCUUAUGAUUAUUGUGUUAUUCAAUGGGAUUACUUGAAAGCAAAGUUGAUUAGAAGAGAAUCGUUCCAGCAAGCAUCACAUGUUCUGAGUGCAAAACAAAAGGAGAAACAACAGAGACAAAUAUUGAACCCACCUUUUGUUCAUAGUCUGGAUCUUUCUCAUGACGGCAAGCUGAUGGCGAUCGGUCUUGGCAGUGGUGAUAUCGCAAUCAACGAUAUUUCAUCGUUUUCUACACAUCUACUGUUGGACUCUGCACAUAGUGCUCCACUCUCACAGGUUCAUUUCCCAAGAUUCAGUGGCAGUGCAGGUAGUCUAGAUAACAGCAAUAGUCAUCUAUUGUUAUCAGCAGGUAAUGAUUCAAAUAUAAUACUAUGGGAUAUAGAAAAGAAGAAAGAUCAACAACAACAGCAACAACAGACUUCAAAUAAAAGUAAAAACAAUAAACAAUCAACAACACAAAAAGCAGAAGAAGCAGAAAAAGAAGAUGCAGAAGAGGAUCAAGAAAAGAGAAUAAAAGCAUGGACACAACACCACUCGAUAGUCAAUUGGUUAACAACAAGCAAUAGAUCUACAUCCAUUUACAUUGCAGAUACCUCAAACGAUAUCACUGUACUGACAAUACAAUAA